AUUCUAGUAUGGCACGGGCCCACUCACGUAGCGGACGCCCGGCACUAACACAGGCGAAGGCGGCGCGCGCACGCUGCUCGCUUACAAAACAAAAAUAAACUUAACAAAAACAAGUGAAGCACCGGACUGUUCCGAGUUUCGGACUAUGUGAAACCGUGAGACUGUGUUAUAGUGGACCUGUGUAUAACCCUGUUGGAUAUUUCUGACAUUUCGCACAAAGGUGUUCGGAGUGGAGCGAAAGUGCAAGUUUUAUGUAAGAGCUGAUAACUGCAAUAGCUUUCGUAAUUGUUGCGUGAUAACAUUUAAGUAAACCCACUGGUUUACUACUGGCUCUCAAAGGAUGAGGAGUAAGCAACGAUGCUGGGAUCGCUGCUUUGGCCCCAACAUAGACAAACCAGCAGGAUGACCUUCGGCGUGUUUCUGGUCUUAGCAUGCGCCGUUUGGGGCGCACUGGGUGGCGAACCCGUCUUCGACCCGAGCACACUGAUGCGGCUGGUGCUAGUCCCAGCAGACGCCGCCGUGGGCUCUGUCAUCUACCGCGUGCGCGCUUCUGACCCAGACUUUGAUUAUCCUCUUCACUUUGAACUCAUUGGUCAAAUGGGUCGCCUAGACAUCGGCAUAGAAUCGCUUCCUUGCACGCGAUACAACUCAGUAUGCCAAGCCAACGUUCUUCUCCUUCGAAGACUGGAGCCAGGCCGCUACGUGGACUUCAGGCUAUCAGUCAGGAACACCAGGGGACGAAGCUCGAGGAUCGCCUGCUCUAUAACAGCUACCAACGCCACUACACCAAGAGACACGAUCUUCCCACACCAACCUGCGAUCGUUUUGGUGCAAGAGGAUGCGAAGCGAGGAACGGAUCUUGAAAUUGUAAUAGCAAGAAAGAAUCCCCUAUCACCAAAGCCUCUGGAAUUAGAACUCUGGGGUUCGCCGCUCUUUGCUAUUCGCCAACGUCGUGUGUCCACGGAAAAUACUGAAGGCACGAUCUUCCUCGUGGGACCGUUAGAUUUCGAAGCUCAGUCUAUGUAUCACUUGACACUAUUAGCUGUGGAUCCAUACGUAGAAGUAGGCAAGGACACCCGGAACAUCGCAGGAAUCGAAGUGGUGGUCGUAGUCCAAGAUGUUCAAGACAUGCCUCCUGUAUUCACAUCAGCGCCCCCCGUCACGCAUCUGCCCCGUCAAGUGGCACCUAGAGAUGUAGUAGUGAAGGUGCGAGCUGAGGAUGGAGAUAAGGGAGCACCACGGCAGAUCAGAUAUGGAUUAGUAUCUGAAGGAAAUCCUUUCACGCCGUUCUUCAACAUCAACGAAACUACUGGUGAGGUGACACUUGAGCGACCAUUAGAAGAAAUUGCAGCCAUCUCACAUGCUGGCACACCAAUCCUGUUGACAGUCGUAGCUGAGGAGGUCAGGUUGUCUAGAGAAGAGCCAGAAGCCAUGUCGUCAACCGUCCAGCUGGCUUUUAUACUUCCUGAAAGAGAAAACUCGCCGCCUUACUUCGAAAAUGAGUUUUACAUCACCUACCUUGAUGAGAACGCACCUCAAGGAACAGCGCUCACGUUUAACGACCCUUACAUUCCCCAAGUAAACGAUAAUGAUGCAGGCAAGAACGGUGUUUUUGCACUCUCUCUGCUUGGCAACAAUGGAACUUUCGAGAUAUCCCCUACAGUAGCUGAGAGGCAUGCCCAGUUCAUCAUUAAAGUACGGGAUAAUACCAUACUAGAUUAUGAGGCGAGGAAGUCUGUUAUAUUUCAGAUUUUAGCUCAAGAACUCGGUCCAGCGACGAAUCUGUCAACGAUAGUCAAUGUUACCGUCUACUUGAACGAUGUCAACGAUAAUCCGCCAGUAUUUUUGGCUCAGUCAUAUGACAUUGAACUCCCAGAGAACGUCACAGCGGGUACUAGAGUCGUACAAGUAGCAGCCGAUGACGUAGAUACGGGAGCUUUUGGGAAGGUCCAAUUCACUGCCAUAUUAGGAUAUCUGAACACAUCCUUACACUUAGACCCCUUGUCGGGGAUAAUAACCGUUGCAACAAACAAUCACGGCUUUGAUCGUGAAGCCAUGCCAGAUUUGCAUUUCUUAGUAGAGGCUAGAGAUAACGACGGAAUAGGUUUAAGAGUAACAGUGCCAUUAAUUAUUAAGUUGUUAGAUGUAAACGAUAACCCACCAGAGUUUGAGAGGUCGUUAUACGAAUUUGUACUGUCACCGAGUUUGAACAACUUCACAUCAUCGGCGUAUGUCAAGGCAAUUGAUAAGGACGCUGAGCCACCAAAUAAUGUAGUCAGAUAUGAAAUUGUACAAGGCAACAACGAAGCGAAGUUCGCUGUUAAUGAGGAAACAGGUGAACUAUAUCUUCUAGAAACGCUUAAACGAACAAAGAAACAAAACGUUCACAGACGAAAACGUCAAUUCGAUACUAGUGAACAAGAAAGUGAAGUCUAUGUUCUCACAAUAAGAGCCUACGAUCUUGGUGUUCCCAGAUUAUACUCUACAACUAUUGUGAAGAUUUAUCCACCUGAGAGCAAAACAAGAACAAUGUCGUUCAUAGUUCCCGGUGCUAACCCUGACAGAAGAAAACUGCAAGAAGUAUUAAGUACUUUAUCUGGAGGAAAAGUUAAUAUAAUUGAGAUAAAGCCUUAUAAAGGCUAUGAAAAUGGUGCUACUAAUUUAAAUGGACAAGAAUCUAGUCAAGAAAAGAGUGAAGUUAUAGCUAUUGUGCGAAUGUCUGGAAACACCGCCAUAAAUGUAGCUAAGCUUCAAGAACAGUUGGCAGAGAAAAAAACGGAAUACAAUACUGGUUCCGGACAAAAUACUGGCUCUAACAUUAAUUCUGGUGCUGGUUCGGGUGGAGUUGGGUCUGGGAAUUCUGGAUCCGGGGCUACUGGAACCGGAAACUCUGGUUCUGGAAUUUUCGGAAGUGGCGAUUCUGGAAGUGGUACUGGACAAAAAGAUCAAACAUCUACUGCUGACGAUGGCGAUGCCGGUCUUUACAAAGCAGAAAGCCGCUUAUUAUUCUGGUUACUAAUAUUGCUGGCGAUAUUAGUAGCUCUUGUUCUAUUAUUACUCAUUUGUUGUUGCAUCUGCGAGGGUUGUCCUCUUUACAUGCCACCAAGGAAAAGAGUGAUACGUGUCAACUCCACAGAAGACGACGUGCAUUUAGUGGUUCGGGACAAACACGAACAUGGGAGAGAAAACAAGUCAACGCAAAAUCUAGAAAACAAAACAGUACAAGGAAAUGAAUGGAGGAGACGAGAAGCGUGGAGCGCGGAAGAAGCAGACUUGAGGACGAAGCCAACGCAGUGGAAAUUUAACAAAAGAAACUACAGGAAAGAACCAAGUAAACCUGCUUCAACUCCUGGAGAUCUGCGGCAAGAUUUUGUACACGCUGCUGCGGAUAAUGAUUAUAAAUAUAAUGAUGGCCGACAAUCCUUCAGAUUACGGGAUGGUCCUAAUGUAAUUUAUACAAAAGAAAUGCAACUACAAGAAGCAUUUGCUAACAAACACAAAGAAUACAUAGAGGAUCUUGAAAACGGUUACGAUAGAAUUGCUACUCUUCAUUAUCACAGACGAGAUCAAGACAACGAUUCCAUACGAAGACAUGAAAUAGAUCGGGGAUCCGACGUUGGCGUCUUCCUCAAAACUGAUAUAGAAAAGAAUAUAAAUGAUAAAGACGGUAGAUCAAAACGAGAUCGCGCUCCAUCUUCCCAAGAAAGAGACCAAUAUUUUAUAAAACAAGGCAAUACUGAAAUACUACGGUUAGUGACAAGGGGUAAAAAUGAAGAAGAACGGUAUGUAAACCUGCCAAUCCAUCAACAAAGACCAGUGACCCUGAUUCCACAAACACAAUAUGUAGUUGUUGAUGGUAAAGAAUUGUUAAUGGAAAGAUUCAUUAGAGAACAAGGAGAAGAAGCAAAAAAUAUAAGAGAGAGAAUGGGCAAAAUAACAGAUUUAGACAACAUGUCACAACAUGGCAAAGACGGAAAGAGCUUGGGUCAAAGAUCACACAUAGGGAGUGAUAUUGUAAAUCAAUUUCAUGAAUACACCAAUGUGCCACCGGACGUUCCUGGCCUCGUUCCAUUGAAAGCAGAUUAUUUGCAAACAGCUUUGCUGGAAAUGCAAAACAAAUCAACUAUCCACCAGGAGCUACUAGAGUCAUCACUUAGGAAGCAAAAUGAAUUAUUACAUCAAAUUCUCAUAGAACGAGAAAGGAUGAUGCAAAAUCAGGAAACAGCAUCUCAAGUUGAAAGUAAGUUAGAAACUCAAAGUUUACCUGGUCAAUCAGUAAUAGCGACUCAAACUGAAUGUCAUAUAGGUACACAAACAGAACCUGAAAUGCUCAAACCAUUAAGACGAAAGGCUAGAAGUGACAACGAUUCCUACAGUGAAGAUGAAAAUGAAAUGAUCGUAGAAGAUAAUUCUAAGAAAGUCGCAUGGGUUAAACGGAAGAAGCCAAAAAAGAAAAUUAAAUACAAAGACCCUAGGCGAAGUUUACGAAUUUAUGAGUUGAAAAGAAAAAUUAAAACCCCAAUCAUCGAAGAGAGUGACGUUUCGCCUUCACUAGAAAGUGAAAAACAUGUUAAAAUUAGUAAAACCAAUGAAAGAGAAGAGCAUAUAAAAAAAUAUGGGGAUAAAACUAAAAGCGUUAUUACAACAUCCAAAAACGAGACAGUGUGUUCAACUCAAAUAAGAAUGCCUGAUGACGAAGAUCGCAAGUCACGACUGCGAAGAGAUGUAUUAAUGGAAAUAUCUGAUUCUUUAGAAGAGAACAUUUUAGAGUCCAGUGACAAAAAACCACGUCUCCGAAGGCAAUCCCCUGUAUGUGCUGAAAAUGCACCUAAACCUCUUGCCAUCGAACAUGAAAAUAUAAGAGAAAGUAAGAGCAGAAGUAGCUCAGCGUCAAGGACGAACAGAAACAUGAUAUUUUCUAGACAAGGUUCAUCUACUGAACAACGGGACCACAUUGAUCAACAGACGAUUCCAGAUAUAAAUCUAUCUCAUACUAAAAAGAACAUUUCAAGUAACACGGAUUCUAGCAAGAAAACUGAUGACGAUGUAAAGAACGGUAAAACUUCUCAGAAGAGUUUACCUAGAUACAUGCAGUGGUAUGGUAAAAAGUCUACUGAACCCACGUCUAAACCUGCUGUCUCGGAAAAGGUUGUCCCAAAUAAACCAAAACGAAUUUCUAAAUCAAAAAACGAACAAGAUCUUAAAACUGAAAAAGAAAGAGGAGGAAGAUAUGGUAGAAUAAUCAACAAAGAUACUCAAGCAGAUUCAGAGGUAAAAAAAAACUUCAAAGGAAAAGAAAGUGAAUUCAUACAUCCUCGUCUUUUAAAAGAAGAAAAGGUAACACCAGUACCAGAAGGACCUCUGCCUGACGUCCAUCCCUUGUUACAACAUUCCGAACAUAGAUACGAACACCAAUAUGAAAACCAAAACCCUCUUUGUUACAUAAAACCGACACACAUUCCCAAGUACUUGGAACAGCCCGACGCUCCGAAAAGACAAUCUAUAGAACAACAACCAGUAUAUGUAAAUCAAGACGAUGUGAAAAAUAAAGAGUCGAAAAGACCAGAAAUUUCAGAGAGUGCAUUAACCCACAGCAUAUCUAUUUCAAGUAAUUAUGAGGAUGACCGUAAAAAUGCACCUGAAGUUCAUGUUUCCAAAAUAAAUAUCGGAGGCGAUAAUGUACCUGACGUGAGUCAUCGAAGUGUGACGACUAAAAUAGACGACAAUGAUUCUGGUAUUGCUAUGAAUACUUUAGUACAACAAACAGGCAACAUCAAACGUUUGCCGAUCACUGAAAAGAAAAGUGUGUUCACUAUAGCAUACGAUGACGUUCAAACGAAACAACUACGACCAGACAGUAGUUCGACUUCAUAUUAAGUAUUAUUUCUAAAGUGAGUGCCUUAACGUAAUGGAAUAUCCUUAUUGAUUUUCAGUCAUCAAAAUUAGUAAGACUUGACAUUCCGUCCAAUAUUUAUAAUCUAAUAAUUAUACGUUCUUUUAAUGAAUUUGUAUAUAAAUACUAAAGUAUAUUUUUUAUUUUUAAGUGAUUCAAUAAGAAAACAAUCAAACUGCCUUUAUUUGACGACUGGUAUAAAUUAAUUUAGUAGCAUUUUUAUUGUACAUAAUAUGUCCAUGUUGAAAUUACGUGUAACUGUAGUGAAUAUUCUAAAGUUUAAAUUAAUUUAGCUUUAAAGACAUACCAAUGUAAAUAUUUUCUUGAUCCCACUAUAAUGCAUACUGAUUUAGUGUGCAAAUUUAUAUUUGUUACAAAAUAUAAAGUUAUAUACUUAUUAUGCAUUGUA